AUGGCAUCUCAAGAUAUCCCUGAUCGCAUUCUGCGAGAAGUCCGAGGGGAAUUGGCCAACACACCGUACCGCUUCGAGGGUGGCAGUCUCCUCAGCGGAGGGACAGCAAAUUUCAUCUUCCAUGUGAGCUUGUCACAACCCUUGCCCGAUGGAACAACAGAAGUAGCUGUGAAGCAUGGCGAAGACUUCCUGGCGCAAAAUCCGGACUUCAAACUCCCCACGUCACGAUGUCUGGUCGAGGAGUUGUGCUUGGAACACCUCUCUGCCCUACCGCCGAGCGCUUAUGGCAAGCUCAGCGUCGCGACUCCCAAGCUGUUUUACUUCGAUAAGGAAACGAACACGCAGGUUCAAGAGUACCAGCCAAACCCUCUGAGCCUCAAGAACUACGCCUUGCAGCACUUUACAGCUUUGGCUUCCGAAUCAGCCAAGCCGCAAUGUCUCAACAUCGGCCAGAGCAUAGGCAAGUGGCUCCGGGCAUUUCAUGAAUGGAGCAACUCCUCAGAGCAGCGAAAGUUUCGCGAUAUUGCGGCGGCGAACAAGGAGAUGCAGAAGCUCAAGCACUGGGUGAACUACGAAAGGCUGCCCAGUUCUGUUGAGCGGUUUCCGUCUAUUCUCGGCGAGUGCGCCAGCACAUUCACGGCUAUUGCGGACAAGAUGACUAAAGAAAUGGAGAACGAUGAGAGCCUGCAGGUUAUUCAUGGUGACUUUUGGACCGGAAAUAUCCUCCUGAAUGGUCAGCCUUGGGAGGAUUUACACAACCGCCUCCUUGUCGUGGAUUGGGAAAUGUGCAUGCUUGCCGUCGCCCCUCUCGACCUAGGCCAGAUGAUUGCGGAACUUUAUGAACUGAAAUUAUACAAGGACAUGGACGCUGGGCUAUGGCUGAUUCAGGGUUUCUUGAAGGGCUAUGGCGUGGUCGAUGAAGAAUUUGCUUUCAGAACUCUGCUUCAUGUUGGCGUUCAUCUCAUCGGCUUCGGCACGACUGUGAGGGAUUGGGGCACGGAAGAGCAGAUCAAGGGCGUGGCCUCUGAGGGACGAGACUUAGUGAUGAAUGCGUGGGGGAAGAAUCGUGGAUUCUUUGACGGUCAUCCUCUGGGCUAUAUCUUCUCCUAA